AUGGAUUGGGAGAAUGGCCGUCGUCAAACUGAGCAAUAUCAACAAGAUGUUGAAAGAUAUUCUCGCCAGAUGGAGGAUGCUUCUAAUGCUCUCCGUCAAGCACACGAUGACGUGCCUGAUAUCGGUAACCAGAUUGGGGGGAUGUUCUCGUUUUUAGGGCCUGCUUCGGGUGAGAUGGAAAACCACCAGCGGAGAAUUGAAGGAGCGAGAGACAGAGUGAAUGCUGCGCAGUACCAACUGCAGAAUGCUCAUAGCGCUCUCAUGCAGGUUGUGAACCAGCAGAACGAACUCAACACCAGACGUGCCGCUGUUGAGCAACAAUCCGCUGCACUACUGGCUGGAUUCACUGAGCUUAGGGAGAAAGCAACACAGUUGACACUCCUCAUGAACGAUAUGAAGAAUGGAGCCAGAGACACGGGUGCCCAAUCAUGGGAUAAGGAUAGGCUUGCUGAGGUCAUUCUCAGACUUUGCCAGAUGGCACUUAUUGAUGGUCGUGUUUGCAACGAAGUCGAGACCAUCACUAAUGAGAUUUCUAGUGGAUACUCUGGCCAGACUGUGCCAGGUAGUGUUGUCGACCUCUUGGCUAAAGUUGGACAGCUUGCUAGGGAUGUAGCUCAGAAGUCUAUCACUGGGUAG